AUGGCCAACGACUCCACCCCCAACACCGCAGCGGCCAAUACCCCGACCGGCGAACCCGUCCCAACCACCCAGGUGCGGCCCGGCGGUGCCCCGGCCCGAGUCUACAUGAACGAGAAGAUCGUCCCGUAUCUCCUGGAGGGAAUGAAGCAUGUUACGAAGGAGCAACCACAAAACCCGCUCCGCGUACUCGGCGAAUUCCUGAUCCAGAAGAGUAAUGAGGUGGAGGGGGCGAAGUCGCCUGAAUAG